GGGGGGGAAGCAGAGCGCUAAGUAUUUAUAGUCGACGAGGACACGAGGAGUUUCGGCCGAUGUGACGAUGGUUUCUUUGGUCGUUAUAUUUUGCUGGCUUUCGGUGUUGGAGAGAAACGAAGCCAACGCCAGGAUAAGAGAGGAUAAGAACGGCUGAGUAAGAGAUGAGUAAGAUGACUUAGUCAUGAAUUAUGUAAAGGUGACAUAAGCAGUAAUAAUCUACGUGAUAUGGCUUUUUCGCCCGGCGGUUUGUUUGUGAUACAAGCAAAGAGCCGAAGGUGCAGAGUGCGAGGCCUUCGACCGACAUAACGGGACCCCUGCUGCCACUCUAACGGCUGCUGACGCACUUCUGGCUUCUUACUUGCUCAUGGUAAACCCUUGCUGACAGACUCCUUGGUUAUACUCAGCAGAAGGUGGUGUGGUCCGGGUAAAGACAACAGCCUUUUGUGGCAGGAACCCAACUGCUCUAUAAAAAGGUGCAGAAGCUGUGGAUUCCAGAAGACCGUCGCAGGACAGCAGAGCAUAGAAACGCCACGAUGCAAUGGAACUCCGCGAGUGAGAUCGCGACCAACCUGCUCUCAGCAAAUCCCGUUGCUGUUGUGGUCGCUUGUCUUGUGGCCUUCUUGCUUCCUUUGGCCUUACACCUCUUCCUUUACCGUACAGCUCCCACCAGCAAGUCUGACCAGUUCAUUUUACUGGGCUCUAGCGGGUCAGGAAAGACAGCUCUCUGUGCUAAACUCGAAAAACGCACGUCCCCAAACCUCGAGCCUCGACCAACCCAUACUUCCCAAGUCUCCUCUACGUUUUCGGUAGCACUUCAUCCGGCCGUUAGAAAAGGCUCAGAUAAAUACCGUUCUGUCAAUGACCCGACACUGGCACAGGCUGCCAAACAGCGGGUGACUUUCUCUCUCAGAGACACUCCGGGGCAUGGGAAGCUUCGUGACCUCGAAGUUAUUGCCCAGUUGCUAGAUCCUUCAAAGCAGAAACAGUCCAAGAUUAAAGUUCGCGGCGUGAUUUUCAUGAUCGACGCCAGUACUUUGAUGGACGCAGGCCAACUAGCCGAUGUUGCAAGAUACCUCUAUGACGUUCUGAUUAUACUCCAUCGUUUCUCAGCAUCCACUCGGGCACGCAGCACCCCCGUCUUAGUAGCAGCCAACAAGCAGGAUCUAUUUGCUGCUAUUCCGGCGGCCAUGGUGAAGGAGAAGCUAGAAGCCGAAAUCGAAGCAGCCCGAGAGACGAGACGGAAGGGUGUGAUCAACCCUGAUGCGGAAGGUGAUGAUGAGACCGAUGCUUUUGGCAAUCAAUCUUUUACUUUCCAGCUUCUGGAAGAGGAAUCCGGUGUCAAGGUUGAUUUCCUAGGAGGAAGCGUCACAACGGAUUACAGAGACGAUGCCACUUCUGGCCUUCGGUCCUGGGAAGAAUGGAUGGGUCAAUGUCUAUGAACGAUUAUGAAGACCUUAAAGCAUCAACCUGACUGAACCAAACAUUUUUAAACCAAGGCCAUGUGAUGAGAUUUCGUACUCGCUCACAAAACCUCCUUCUCAACUUAUCCUCCCGGUACACAGCCG